GGGGCAUUGGGGCUCAGAGACUGAGAUGGUGGGUCAGUGUUCUUCGACCUGUGUCCAGCCCCAAAGUGAGAGAGUAUGGCCACCACCAAGAAUCACGAGAGUGGUUCAUAUAGAGGGGGUGCCCUGUGAGCUGGAAGUGGACUCUGGGUCAGGGUUCACGAUCGUUUCAGAGGGCACUUUCCGUAGUUUUUGCCCCCAAGUGGGCCGUGAUUGUCUUCGUCCCCUUGAUUUCAUCUUAAGAGACUUUAAUCAGAACCCGGUGCCCAUCCUAGGUGUUGGGAAUUUCCGUAUUCAGCACAGAAAAUUUAAAGGCAAAUUGCUAAUUGUGGUUGCUGGGGGCCGGCGGCCAGACUUACUGGGGCGCGAUUGGUUUGAGGCUUUCGGCAUCCGCCUGGAGGGGGCCUACAAGAUAGAGUCGGCACCGUCAUCUUUUGAUGCGCUGUGUCAGGAGUUCGCAGUUGUUUUUGACGGACAGUUGGGACGAUACACAGGACCUCCAGUAUCCUUUGAUCUGGACCCGGCUGUUUGCCCUAUCCGACUGAAGCCACGUCGUGUGCCCUUUGCAUUGAAACCAAAAAUUGAUGAGGAGUUGGACAAACUCGUAGAGCAGGGGGUGCUGGAGCCCGUCUCGCAUGCCCGCUGGGAGACCCCAAUCGUGUGCCCUUUGAAGGCAAACGGCGCAGUACGGAUCUGCACGGAUUAUAAGUGUACUUUGAACAAGGUGCUGCAGCAAAAUGCCUACCCAGUGCCAGUGGUAAGUCAUGUGCUCGCGUCCCUGGCAGGGGGGCAGAUUUUGGCGAAAUUAGACUUGCCGCAGGCCUACCAACAGCUCCCAGUAGAUGACACCACAGCAGAUGCGCAGACAAUUAUUACUCACCGGGGAGCAUUUCGGGUUAAGCGUUUGCAAUUUGGGGUCAGUGUGGCCCCAGGAAUAUUUCAGGGACUGGUGGAGCGGCUACUGAAGGGAGUUCCGGAGGUAAUUCCCUAUUUUGAUGAUAUACUAGUAGCCGGAGCGUCCUCAGAGGAACUGAUUUCCCACCUUCGUGAAGUGCUGGCCCGCCUUGCAAAGGCUGGUCUUAAGGUUAAGCGGGAGAAGUGUUUCUUGGGUGUUCCCCAAGUAGAGUUCCUGGGGUUCCUGGUGGAUGCUAAGGGUAUCCAUCCUACUCCUGCGAAAGUGACUGCCAUCAGGAGUGCACCGGCCCCACAGUCAAAGAAAGAGCUGCAGUCGUUUUUGGGGCUCCUCAAUUUUUAUCAUGCCUUCCUCCCACAUAAGGCGUCCAUCGACUUACUAUCGUCCGAUAGUGUACUUACCCAUUUCCGGGAAGAUCUGCCCGUGUCGCUGGCUUGCGAUGCAUCUCCCUAUGGGAUUGGAGCCGUGCUGAGCCACUGGUUACCAGAUGGAUGGGAGGCUCCCAUUGCUUAUUUUUCUCGCACUUUGUCGUCGGCUGAAAGGAAUUAUGCUCAAAUCGACCGAGAGGCCCUGGCGUUAGUCGCAGGAGUAAAAAAGUUUCAUGAUUAUGUUUAUGGGCGGCCGUUUGAGCUCGUGACUGAUCACAAGCCAUUGCUGGGAUUGUUUGCACCGGGCCGUCAGACACCCCAGAUCUUAUCAGCCCGCAUGUUGCGAUGGGCCGUGUUUUUGUCAGCCUACACGUAUGAACUGGUGCAUCGAGCAGGUAAAGCUCUGGGCCAUGCCGAUGCCCUUAGUCGACUGCCGUUGCCAGAGCCGGCUGAGGAUCCCUCGCCGGCGUAUGGUGUGAUGUCGUUGGAAGAUCUGCCGCAACCCCCUGUUAGUGUUGCAGAUGUGGCCACUUCUUCAGCAAAAGAUCGCACUUUAGUGCGUGUUCUAGACUGGGUGUGGAAGGGGUGGCCGGAGGGCAGAGUUACAGAAGAAUUCCGGCCAUAUGUGUCCCGACGAGAUGAAUUGUCAGCUCAUAAAGGAUGUCUAUUGUGGGGGAGCCGAGUUGUGGUUCCUCCCAAUUUGCGACAGCGAGUGUUGGAAGCGUUGCAUGAGGGUCAUCCGGGAAUUGUGAGAAUGAAGGCAUUGGCUCGCAGCUAUGUGUGGUGGCCGAAAAUGGAUGAGGCCAUCGAAGAAUGGGUGCGGAAAUGCCAUCCGUGCCAGGAAUCAAGGCCGGCAAUGCCUCAAGCCCCGGUACAGCCAUGGGAAGUUACCAAGGAGCCAUGGUCACGUUUACAUGUGGAUUUUGCGGGACCCUUCCAGGGACAGACAUUCCUGAUUGUGGUAGACUCACACUCCAAAUGGUUGGAGGUUAUACCGGUGACCCGCAUGACUUCGGGUGUUGUUAUACGGAAUCUGCGAGCCUUGUUUGUGACCCAUGGACUGCCCGAUGUUGUUGUGUCAGAUAAUGGAGCACAGUUCACAUCAAUGGAGUUCAAGGAUUUUAUGAACGUUAAUGGAAUUCGCCAUGUUACCUCGGCCCCGUUCCACCCAUCUACAAAUGGUCAAGCAGAAAGGAUGGUGCGCACCACUAAAGAUGCACUGCGGCGGAUAGUCUAUGGAGAUUGGCAUCAGCGACUAUCAUCGUUCCUACUAUCACAGCAUGUAACACCACACUCGACAACUGGGAGGAGCCCAGCAGAGCUAUUGAUGAGGAGGCGCCUGACGACCCGUUUAGACAGAUUGCAUCCGGAUCGUGCGCUGGAUCGGCCGCAGCCGCAGGAGGCUACAAAGGCACCUCGGAUAUUCCAACAGGGGGACCCUGUUUAUACUAAGAACUAUGGGGCAGGCCCUGUGUGGAUUCCAGCCACAGUUUCCAGACCAACGGGCCCCGUUUCGUAUGAGGUUGAGGGAGACGGCACAGGUAGCCUUCGCCGCCAUGUCGACCAAUUACGGCAGCGGUGGCCUGUCCGAGAGGACGGGUCGGCCACAAGGGAAGUGGAGCAAUCGUCUGGGUUGGUCAGCAGAGAACUGGCAGCCACCCGUCCCCCUGAGGCAGUUGAGGUUCAAAUGGAAGACAGUGAGGCCAGGCCGGUAGAGGUUGAGAGUGGAACCGAGCAACGGCUAGAAGUGGAAGAGACCCAGGUAGGGGGCAGCCCCCUGGAGUCUGAGCUGAGACGGUCCCAGAGGGUGCGAACCCGUCCACGAUAUCUGAAGGACUUUGACUGCGGGCUGGUACGGAGAAGUGACAUGGUAGAAUAA